AUUACAUCAACCAGUUAGCACAUAUAAAUAUCAAACACAAAAUUAUUAAAUCUUUCCAUAAAAAAAAUAAAAAAAAAAGAUAAUAAUUCCCAAAAAAAAAAACAUUUCUCUGUGCUGAAAAAAUUGCUAAGCACUCAAAACGAAUCAAGUUUCUGGCGCUCCGAUGAACGCCGAAACGUUUCUGAUAACCAAUUCACUUUCUCUUUCUUCAUCAUUAACUUCUCCGAAGCUUCCACACUCAAAAUGUCGUCGGACUUUCGGGUUUCGGUAUCUUUGGCCGGAAACUUAUCGGCGACCUUCUAAACUCCGGGAAUCGAUGAUCGUAGAACUACGAAAUGUUUCGGGGAGAAGGAAGAGUUUCGGGAAAGUAUGGGCGGAUGUAAAGCCGAAGAGUUUUGAAGUGUCUAGUACUGAGUCAGUGAAAGUCCGUGACUCGUUAAAUGACGUCGCUUUGGAGGAGAAAUGGUGGGAGGAGUUUCCUAAACGAUGGAUUAUUGUGGUUUUGUGUUUCUCCGCUUUUCUUCUCUGUAAUAUGGAUAGAGUGAAUAUGAGCAUUGCAAUUCUUCCAAUGUCAGCUGAAUAUGGUUGGAGUCCUACCACUGUAGGUUUGAUACAGUCUUCUUUUUUCUGGGGAUAUCUUCUUACUCAGGUAGCUGGGGGAAUAUGGGCAGACACUAUUGGUGGUAAGACUGUACUUGGAUUUGGUGUAGUUUGGUGGUCCAUUGCUACAGCUCUUACUCCUAUUGCUGCAAAGCUUGGUUUGCCUUUCUUACUAUUCGUUCGCGCUUUCAUGGGCAUUGGCGAGGGUGUUGCGAUGCCUGCCAUGAACAAUAUACUGUCAAAAUGGGUUCCAGUGUCGGAAAGAAGUAGAUCAUUGGCACUGGUAUAUAGUGGAAUGUACCUUGGAUCUGUAACAGGAUUGGCUUUUUCACCAUUGUUAAUACACACUUAUGGUUGGCCUUCAGUUUUUUAUUCCUUUGGUUCUCUUGGAACUGUUUGGUUUGCAGCAUGGAUGAAUAAGGCAAAUAACUCGCCUCUUGAAGAUCCUGAUUUGCGUCCUGCUGAGAAGAAGUUGAUUCUCAGUAGCAGCAGCUUAUCCAGAGAACCAAUAAAGAGGAUACCAUGGGGAGCAAUAUUGUCAAAACCACCUGUUUGGGCUCUGAUAGUGUCUCACUUCUGUCACAAUUGGGGAACAUUUAUUUUAUUAACAUGGAUGCCGACAUAUUAUCACCAGGUAUUGCAUUUUAAUCUGACAGAAUCAGGCAUGUUGUGUGUUCUUCCUUGGCUUACUAUGGCUGUAUCUGCGAAUUUCGGCGGUUGGAUUGCAGAUACACUUGUGAGCAAAGGUUAUUCCGUGACAACAGUUCGUAAGAUUAUGCAAACAGUUGGUUUCCUUGGACCAGCAUUUUUCUUAACUCAGUUGAGCCAUGUUAACUCACCUGCCAUGGCUGUUCUCUGCAUGGCCUGCAGCCAGGGAACAGACGCAUUCUCACAAUCUGGCUUAUAUUCAAAUCACCAAGAUAUAGCCCCUCGGUACUCUGGAAUCUUGCUAGGCCUUUCCAAUACUGCUGGAGUGCUUGCCGGUGUCUUGGGAACAGCAGCCACUGGUUAUAUAUUGCAACAUGGUUCUUGGGAUAAUGUGUUUGAGGUUUCCGUUGGGCUGUAUUUGGUUGGCACUGUCGUGUGGAACCUCUUUUCAACAGGUGAAAAGAUAUUGGAUUAACACUUAACUUAGUCUCAUUGCAGCAUGCUAGAUUAUCUAGAAAAUGAUACCAAAAAGACUAUCUUAAUACAAUUCAAGGGAGUUUGCUUUUAUUUUUCGGACAAAAGAGGGGAUCAGAGAUCAACAUGAAGAUAAAUUAGGAAGCUUUUAGUGGGUUCCAUGAAAACGUAAGAACUGAUCCAUUUUUAGUGGCAGCUACCUCAAAGGUUCGUCAUUAGCAAAAUUAGUCUUCCUAUUGUUUACACAAUUUGAUGUGUUAAAUGUGUUAUUAUUGAUGCGGUGAGAUGUGAUUAGGAAUAUAAUCUUAGAACCAACCAAUGGCAGGAUGUAGGAGCUAAGAGGUGGUUGUAUUGUAUUGUUGCUGUAUAUAUUCCUUCUGUAAAUGGAUUAUUAGAUUUCGCCAUAUGGUAAUACGAGUCAUCAGACUCAUGCUCGAAUCUUGUUUGAUCGAGAAUGUAUAAAAAUAUUGUCGAUUAAUGUUCAUUCAAGUUAUUUGAAAAUUAACUUCAAGAA